AUGAUAUUUCGUCCUAAUCUAAACUUUACCGUGAAUUUUCAUACGUUCCCCGUUUACGUCUCGGAAACAGAUUUUUUUCCCGUGGAUUUAGAAUAUACGACACCCGAAUACACGGGAACGGGAAAUUUUGUAAAUUUAAUCCCGUUCGACUAUCAUCAAAAUUCUUAUUUCAGAUCGUUGACAGCCUGUUACAUCGCCACAUUUAAAUCCGGAAUAUCUGAAAAUCAUUUGAAUAAUACCUUAUCCGGUUCACACUUAGUCACCUCCAUCGUGAAAUUUCACGUUCAUUAUCAGAUGGAAAAAUUUAUGAAAGAUCCAAGAUUACUCGAUCAUUAUCUGAACGAAGACGAUCUUUACGUUUUGAAAAAAUACAUGCCGACGACCGAAACGUGGGAACGACGAACCGCAUCGACGCAUGCCAAUCUUGGAACGUGGUAUUACGAUUUACCCGUCGAUACGAGUCGUAAAAUUCGAAAUCAUCAUUACGUUCGGACGCGUUACGGCGGAACGUACAUCGCGUACGACUAUUUAACUAAAAGAUUACCGAAAAAUGUGACGGAAGAUUAUAAAAUAUUCAUUCCAAAAACAUCGCGUGGAUUAACAAAGAUCGGACAACGGUUAUUUCAACAGAGUCUGGAAGUUUACGUCUACGCAGUUCUCGGAGCACAAGCGAAAACCCGCUGGAGUAUCAUGGGACAAGGUGCAAAAAGUUUACAGACCCAAGACGUAUUUCGAAAAGUUUUAAAAGACAGUAUAGUUCAGAACGAUAUUACGACGAUCAUUCGAAACAUGCGUACGGCGAUCACAGAUACAAACGUCGUCCUGCAUUUUGCCAUCAUGCCGGGUUUGAUUCUCAUUCCGUCCGACAUGCAGAUUUUACAAAAACCUUUGAAAGGUUACAAUAAUAUUUUAACGUUGGUCAAAAGUGGAAUGACAUUUGGAAAAAAUGAUGAGGUGAAUUUUACAAAGACUCCCGUGAAAACUCCAACAAGUCCUGUGAAAAAUUCGGUAACAAGUCCCGUGAAACAUUCGGUAACAAGUCCUGCUAAAAAUUCUGUAACAAGUCCCGUGAAAACUCAUACAAGUCCUGCUAAAAAUUCUGUAACAAGUCCUACGAGAUAA